UCUCUCACACUCUUUGCCCUAAUCGCCUGCGAACAAGAACUGGCGCUCUUAUCCUGAACAACAAUGUCCUUCCCUGAUAAAUCCAUAUAUCAACCAUGUCCCUCUUCAUCUUCAUGAUCUUCCUCCAACUCGGAUCGUCUUCCAUCGGUUGACUCGUUUCUCAUAGUGGCACCUCUUCUUCUUUUCGCGUUUUCACUUUAUAACUCGGUUAAUGAUGGACCCGAUGGAUAUCGUCGGGAAGUCCAAAGAGGACGCUUCGCUUCCAAAAGCUACUAUGACUAAAAUUAUCAAGGAAAUGUUGCCUCCAGACGUUCGUGUUGCAAGAGAUGCUCAAGAUCUUUUGAUUGAGUGUUGUGUAGAGUUUAUAAAUCUUAUUUCAUCAGAAUCUAAUGAAGUUUGUGGCAGAGAAGAAAAAAGAACAAUUGCACCCGAACACGUUCUUAAAGCUUUAGAGGUGCUUGGCUUUAGUGAGUAUAUAGAAGAAGUUUAUGCAGCAUAUGAACAACACAAGGUUGAGACCAUGGAUUUAAGAAGUGGCAAAUGGAGCAAUGGAGCUGAGAUGACAGAGGAAGAAGCAUUGGCUGAGCAGCAGCGGAUGUUUGCAGAGGCUCGUGCAAGAAUGAAUGGUGGGAUGGCUACACCAAAACAACCAGAACCUGACCAAAGUUUAGAGAACUAACUUUAGGAUCUUUAGUUUCUUGAAUUGUAGGCAAGCUUCUGAGACAUCCAUUUUGUGCUUCUAAUACCUUCUAAUAUUAUGUACAAAAACAUUGACUAGUUUGCUGGCCUAUGUUAAUAUGCACUUGAAUAUGUAUUCUCUUUAUGGAUCCAUGUCUAUAAGUUAAUGUAAUUAAUUAGUAAGCGAUUGUCCAGAUCCACCUGCCAGAAAUGUACUUUAUUAUUUGUUUA